AUGAAUUUCGAGGAGCCAGGGGAAAUAAAGGCACAAAAAACCACCGUGGUUAUUAUGAAGCCUGUUUCAAAGUAGAAGAAAGUCUUAAGCCGUUUAUGUUUUGAUUUGAUCUUUUGUUAACUGUUCUUACUUCGCUGCAGUACGCAUUCCGAAGAUUGGCGUUUUAUGAACAAAACUUCAAUUUGGGACGGGACUCGAACCCGUACAUGUGCUUUCCGGGAACCGUGCUCUAUCCUUACACUACGAGAAACCGUUUGCCCUCGCCUUCUUUAUGACUUAUCAGCCCCACAUACGUACAACGUGUUGAGUCGGUCGGCCAAUAUCAGCAUAGAACCGUCAAGCUGCAAAAUUACAUGA